AUGCUCUUCUCACCUCCAGGCCCUGCGACCGCGACUGCCGCAGCUGUAGGUAUGACGCGGGGCACUGCUGGCUUUCUGCGGUCAAGGUGGGGUACAGCUGCAGCUGUUCUCACGAGACCUCGAAUUCUAACCACCACUACCACCACCACUACCACCACUACUUUGACAUCCACUACACGCUCUCGGCGAACAAUUGCGACGUCGACAGAUUACACAGCGAAUGUCCGGCUGUACGGCUCACUUCCGUCUAGAUCCUCUUCAUUACGGCAGCGUCCGAUAUCCCUUCCACGCGUCGUUGCAUCCCGUCGACAUGUCUUCAGCCUCGGCACACCACCUCCUCGAGCGGAGAGUGACCCUUCUCCAGGACCUCUCCCGCUACCAGACUUCGGUCCCAAUGAGCCUAAACGGAAGGUUCUAUACUCCUAUGUCGAAGAAAGAGCCCGUAAAGCUCCUUCUCCCGACCCAGUAAAGGGGACAUGGCAAUGGUACCGCUGGAAGAUCUUCACGAUAUCCGGUCCGGAGUAUGCUGAAAAGACUCCUUGGACAUGGUUCAAAUGGCAUUUCAUAGGUUCAGGCAAAGUUGUCAUCUUCGUUGGUUUCACGCUGGUCAAUCUCUACCUCUUCUACUGGGGAUGGGCAACAUGGUCGAUCGAAAGGGAGUCGCCAACGCCCAAGGUAUUUACGGAGUGGGCAAGAACUUGCAUGCAAAUUAUGCACUAUUACGCACACUGGUAUCCAGAUCUCCCAAUCGCAGCACUAUGGGGCCGAGACGCUCUCAACAGUCUUGAAAAACAAAUGGAAAAGGCCGGUGGAUGGGACAAGUGUUCCCCUGAAUGGCAAAAGCACUAUGUCAAUCUCUUGUUCAAGGUUGCAGGACUCUGCCAACAAGUUGCAAAAGACGAGGAUGCAUAUAUCUCUUACAGACGUAUGGUUGCUAUGGAUGCAGGGUUAGUGGAUGCGACGAGGCGGUCACGGUCUUACCUCGGCAUGGGGACAGCAGCCACGGCUAUGGGCAAUAUCGAAGAAGGGACAGAGCUGUUCGAGCAAGCUGUCAAAUUUGCAUUGGAAGCUACACCGGAAAGCGAAAGGCCACCGUUGGACGUCACAAAGCCUGUGCUACCCGACCCGAAGAAUCGUGUACCACCAAGCCUCGAUUUGAUUGAAGCAGUUCAAGCCGUCGGCGUACAAUACGCACGCCUCGAAAAGCCGGCGGAGUCACUUCCUAUUUUCCUGAGCUUACUCCGCACCCUGCAGGCCCUUCCUGAGGAACAAAGGGAUAUCUGCCGGGAGGGAUAUGUUAUGGCUUACGUUGGCGAGGUUGUUUGGGCGUUGGAUAAGAAACAGGAUGGCCUGAAGUGGACAAAGAAGGCUUUGCUGGAAGCUGAGAAGGGAUGGGAUACAAGGAACAGUUGUAAGGAAUGCGCGAUUUAUGCGGUUGCGAACGCGAUUACAAUGACCAGGGAGCUUGGGGUCGUGAAGGGUAAGACACGGGAGGACCUGGACACGGAAAUAAGCGCGCUGAAGGGAAGGCAGAAUUGGCUCAAUAAGCUGUCUCGAAGAGAAAGGGAUUAA